AUGAGCGCCUCCAUCCAUAUACGCCUCCCUCCCGCUUCCUUUUUCCAUUUCCCGCCUUCCCCUCUCCCAGAAACAAUCCCGCCACCCACUGUUCCUCAGCCCACAUGGAAUCAGCCCUUCAACAUCCCUGCGACCCUCUACCGCAAACUUCUAGAACCGCGGGUUCCCUUGACCGUUGCAGCCAUCUAUGCAACAACCGUUGCCUCUAUGAACCAUGUCAAUAAGCAAAGGGGUAACAGACCAUGGGCUUUUAGUAAAACAAAAGCCUUCAAGAUUUUCGUCAUCAUCCACAAUGUUUUCCUGACCGUCUACUCUCUUUGGACUUUUGCUGGCAUGGCCCAAGCCUUCUAUCAGUCUUGGCCCGAUCGAGCCGAAAAGCACAACUUUGUGAACAUCGUCGAUAUGCUCUGCAAAGUCAACGGUCCCCGUGGUUUGGGGAAUGCUGCCAUAUAUGAUCGCAACGCUGAAAAAUGGACUAUGAUGAGCCCGCUAUACACAUUGGGCCCUGAUGGUGUUCCAGAUCCCACUGAUGUCGGCCGUCUUUGGAAUAAAGGAUUGGCCUUUUUCGGCUGGCUUUUCUAUCUCUCCAAGUUCUAUGAAGUUAUCGAUACCGCCAUUAUCCUCGCCAAGGGGAAGAAGAGUUCAACUCUCCAGACUUACCACCACGCCGGCGCCAUGAUGUGUAUGUGGGCUGGAAUGAGAUACAUGGCCGCUCCUAUUUGGAUCUUCGCUCUCUUCAACUCUGCUAUUCACGCUAUGAUGAUCACCCAAUUUUUAAUUGGCACUACAUUGGCUGCUUCCUAUCUGUUUAUCUCGUAUACGCUCCCUGUCCCUGACCUCCACCCGGUCGCUUUGAGCCCCCUUGCUUCCGCUAUCCCCGGCGCCCUUACCGCUGCACCAAAUGAUACUGCUGGCGGUAUGGGCCCCUGGCUCAAAAAACUGGCCCUCCGCGCAGCUGGAGCUCAAGGCAUCGCGGAGAAUGUCCUCAAUACUAAUGGGAAACUAUUUGGUAUAGAUGGAGGUCGCGCAGCACAGGCCGUGCUGGAGAAGCGGGAAAUUCGGUAUGGCUUGGAGUCUCGCACCUUUACCUGCUUAGAUACCACUGGCCAAGCCUUCGCCGUCUCGCUCAACGUCAUCUACCUCCUACCUUUGACUUUCCUUUUUCUCCGCUUCUUCGUGCGCUCUUACCUCCACCGAACUGAACAGGGUGGCAAACACCGAACGCACGUGCAUGUUGCUGAGAAGGCCGGAAUGGAUGCUUUCAAGGGAAUUAGCCGCGAAAUCCGGAACGCUGUUAUGGAGAUGCACGGCGAUGAGGGUGGGGCGACCGAUGUUGUGGAUGUAUCUGGCACCAGCACCCCACACCCCGAAGCUUACGAAGCGAACAUCAACAGCAUCAUGACGGCCAAGCAACUAAACGCUGAGCAGUGGAGUGCUUCCAUUGACCCACACCCGCGCGGACCACGAUUAGCGGCUCCCUCGUAUGGCGCCUUGACCGCAGAAGGAACUGGAGCGACAUCAUCAACAUCAAUAACACAAAAUCGACAUCACCUCAACUGGUUGGCGCGCCUGUCGAAUAGUCAAGGAGCAGCAGCGCGGUCACUUUCAAGCCACCAAGGGUUAAAAGAAGAGAACAAAGAAGAAUAG